UUCAUUUGAAUGAUUUGAUAAGAAACGUUAAAAUAAACAGAAGAAAUAAAUGUUUUUUAAUUCACUCGUUAAUUGUGCAAAUUUUCAAGCGAAUAUAUUUCAAUAAGGAAAUGGUAUUGCACAUUUUACUAUCUAAUAAUUGGGCGUUGAAGUUUAAAUUUUAAAAGCGGUAAACUCCUGUAAACUCCUGUAAGAAACCUGCAGUCAGUGUACCGCAAAAUCAUCAUGGACCAGAAGGAAGAAAAGGACAAAAAUAGGAGUAUCUUGUCUGCAAAUGACGCUUGUAAACAAAGCAAACGAAAGAAGAAAGAGAAAAAGACGAAACGAGAAAAGAAGAGAAAAAAGGAAAAGCUUAAUGUUGAUAAGGAGGAAAUGCAGAUAUCUGCUGAACCAUUCUCUGUGGACAUGCAAAGCAUCCAGGGAGAUUAUCCAUCCAUCAAAGAUAUUCAGAAGCUAAUAUUAUUUACUUUUAUGGGUCCAGAGAAUAUAUGUUUACCCAACUGGGUGACAUUAAAUCCAUCAAGAGUAUCUAGAGUUGUUGUAGUCUUGUGUAAACAUAUCUCUGCAAAACUCUUCAGCAAAUUUAGAGCAAGCUUUCCAAAUCUGAAUAAAAUGUUUAAUGUGGUAAGAUCACAUGUUAAGGUGUUUCCUUUUCAAAACUAUGGCCAUCAAAUAUUCAUGGAAUCUCCAACAGAUUCAUUGCUGACUGUCAUUGAAAAAGUCACAGAACCUGCCAAGAGGGAGACUGAACCUCUUUAUCUUCAUGCCAAGGAUUUUAUCUUGAGUGAAAAUGAUCUCAUAAAAAAUCAUUAUCUUAUUCCUGGUAUUUCACAAGAUGCAGAAAGUUUUGUCACAAUUCCACUGAGUUCAACGACAGAAGCUACUGCUUCAAGUCCCAUGUUUGCUAUUGACUGUGAAAUGUGCAUGACGUCGAUUGGGAAAGAGCUCACUCGGAUUUCGAUCGUCAAUUCAUCGUGUAAGGUCGUUUAUGACAGUCUGGUUAAACCUGAUUUGCCAAUUAUUGACUAUUUAACCAGGUACAGUGGUAUAUCGAAAGACGAUCUUUGUGACGUUUCGACGACUUUAAAAGAUGUUCAAGAGAUGAUGAAAAAACUCAUUCCAGCUGAUGCAAUACUUGUUGGUCAUUCACUUGAAUUUGAUUUUCUUUGCCUUCAAUUUUUUCACAAUAAAGUCAUCGAUACGUCCGUGGUCUAUGAUGAUUUUCGUGGUUGUGGCUUUAAACCAGGUCUGAAAAAUCUGGCAAAGAAAUACUUAAAAAAAAAAAUUCAAGAUAACGUUGGUGGCCAUUGCUCGAUUGAAGAUGCAAGUACGUGUAUGCAACUAGUGCAACUUAAAAUCUCUAAAGGUCCUGAUUUUGGCUUAAAAGACGACAAUCGUGAUGAAAUAAGUAUUUUUGACAAAUUAAAAGAGAAAUCGGUUCAUCCGUUCAAAGGGGUAAUGGUGGAUACGAAGUCAAAUAUAACAUUGCAUUCGGGAUGUGCCGAUUGCGUGGUCUGUUUUAAUGAUGAGGAGGUAGUUGUGAGGAAUGUUGUCAAUAAUCUUUCUAAGAGGCAAUUUAUAUGGUCACAAUUACAUGGAAUGGACCUGGUGAAAAGUGUCAAUGCUGAAGAUAUUGAACACUCGUUACAACAAAUUGACGCAAACAUUGCCAAGAUUAACGAAGAACUUCCGGAAAAGACUUUAUUUUUUCUCAUUCUCGGCUCGGCCAAUACGGCCAGUCUUAGAAGGUUACGUGAAGGUAAUGCUGAUUCCAAGACUAUAAAAACCAAAAGGAAAGAAAUCAAGCAUGGAAUGUGUUUUGUAAAACUAGUAUGAAUAGACGCCAAGGUGCAUAACAUCUCUUAAUUAUUGCAAGGCUUUCUACGCUCAAACUCCGGUCAAAGUUCAGAUGGCAACCUGAUAAUGCGUGUUUUGGCUUACUCUUGCCUGGACCUGGUAGCUACGGAUAACUGAACCGCCAUAUUUGAAUAUAUUUAUUUGUGUAAUAUAUAAGACAAGUUGUAGUUUUACUUGUAAAGAAAGUAAGAAUCGACA